CAUAACAUAUUUAUGACAUGCGGCAGAACAUUGUCACGGGCACCGAAGUCGCAGUGUCGCACUAGCGGAGCGUAGGCACGAAGGCUCUGGAGAUUUGAUCGUUGUUAUGUGAAGCGGAAACCCCCCAGUUGUCAAGCAUACCGCGGCCUUCUCAAGCAGCCAAAGUUUCCACCGUCUGUCUCGCUCUCGCAACCGGGCUGUGUCAGAGGCGGUCCCACCCAAGCCGACAAACUAGCAGCAAAGAUUGGCGGCGUAUGAAGGAUCGCUCCUUUCUAAUCACUUUCUGGGGCCGCAAGCAAUUAUAGAGCGGCCGUUUAUGCGCAAGGAUAGUGCCGCGGAGUACCUAGGUGGAUUCCAGUUCUAGAAGCGCGGUUCAACAGCACCGCCAUACGCCAUGGCAAACAACUUGCAAGAAUCACUAAAGAUCAAAGAGACAUCUGGCAACUUCCGUGACUACCUCAUUCCUCUGGACCACCCUAGGCUACAUCCAAGUGACAGAGAUGCCAGGACGCACGCCAAAGGUGUGCUCAGUAAUGAGAGCAUCUUCUUGGUCCCUGUCGCUCGUGGUUGGCUCCAGAACUAUGAAAAGCCAUUCCACGGGUUCUCUGUGGAUGGCAACAUUGUGCCUGAUCUUUGGCAUUAUAAUGCCUCGGCUAACGGACCGACUGCGAAGAUGGUGGAAGCUGCAAACGGUGUAAUCUCUGCAUCGACGCAGGAGGAAAGUAGAACGUUCCGAUUCCCUGUUGAUGCGCGGGAAUGGCGCGCUUGGUCCAAUCCAGAGGUUAUAGUCGUUGAUCGAGGGCUGCGGGUAGAGGAGAUGUCGACCCCUCUCCGCGAAGCAGUCCACAGCCUCCUCAAGGCCAGCUUAUCCGAGGAAGGCUACCAAAAGGUCUGGACCGCAAUGCUUAUGAACGCCUUUCUCGGCGACCUAACCCGCCUGAAGAACGUGAUGAACGAGCAUAGCUACCAUUUCUGCCUCUUCGGAGAUCCGUCAGUGGACAAGCCCUGGGGAUUCAACAUCUUCGGGCACCAUCUGUGCUUAAACGUGUUCACCUUAGCUGGUGAAGUCGUAAUGGGACCUUUCUUCGUAGGUGCUGAGCCGAACGUGAUUGAUGAUGGACCCAACAAAGGUCUAGAGGUUCUCAAUAAGGAAGAAAGGGCCGGGCUGGCCUUCGUGAAGUCCUUGUCACCAGAGCAGCAGAAGAAAGCUACGAUCCAAGGCGACAUCAACGAUAUUACAGGCGAGACUAUGCCAGAAGGCCGCUGGAACCCUGCAGACCUCCGUGGCUUGGGCGGUGCCCAUCAGGACAACCGCAUUGUGCCGUUCGAAGGCCUUAAUGCCAAAGAGAUGGACGGCUCACAGCGUAAAGCCUUGCUCGACAUCAUCAGCAUCUUCAACGAGCUCCUUCCCGCGGGGCCAAAGGAGCUGUUCAUGAAGCGUGUCGAGAAGUACCUGGACGAUACUUACUUCGCCUGGAUCGGACCAAUUGAUGACAAGACACCUUUCUACUUCCGCGUUCACAGCCCAAUCGUGAUGGAUGAAUUCGAUCAUCACAACGGUGUCUGGCUGGCCAAUGCCCUACCCAAGAAAUACCACAUUCACACGAUUCAGCGAUUGCCAAAUCGGGGCGACUACGGUACGGCAUUGUACGACGAGUGGGUGAAAAAGCACGCAGGUAGAACAACGAGCUAGUCUUCUUGCAA